CUCUCUCUCGUAAUAUUACAGACAAAUUGUUGUCUACCGAUUCAAGGAAUAAAUAUAUAUCUUCCUUCUCUUGUGAACCUCCAUAAAUACUCUCUCUUGCUUUCUUUCUGCACCGUGUUGUUGAUUCAUUCAUCCUCAAGAAGAAGCUUUAUUCCACUGCACGAUCAUGGGAUAUCAGAAGCCAGCUUGGUUGGAAGCUCUCUAUACACAGAAGUUCUUUGUGGGAUGUUCAUAUCAUGAAAACUCAAAGAAGAAUGAGAAGAACAUUUGCUGUUUGGAUUGCUGCACCAGCAUUUGCCCUCACUGUUUGCCUUCUCAUCGCUUUCACAGGCUUCUUCAAGUUCGUCGUUAUGUUUAUCAUGACGUUGUCAGAUUGGAAGAUCUUCAGAAACUCAUUGAUUGCUCCAAUGUUCAGGCCUACACCAUCAAUAGUGCUAAGGUGGUGUUCAUCAAGAAAAGACCUCAAAACAGGCAAUUCAAGGGCUCAGGAAAUUACUGCACUUCCUGUGAUAGAAGCCUCCAAGAACCUUUCAUUCAUUGUUCUCUGGGUUGUAAGGUGGAUUUUGUGCUGAAACAUUACAAGGAUCUGUCACCAUACUUGAGGACGUGUAACUCGUUACAGCUGAGUCCAGAUUUUCUGAUGCCACAAGAAUUGUCUUGGAUGGGAGGGGACGAGGACAUGAUGACGAACGAGACUGCGCGUUCGAGCAUCGUGGACGGCGAUGAGCCGAUGAUGAGCUCGUGCACGUCCGCGUCGUCUGGUUCAGACAACAACAACGCCGUGAGCGCCAUGGCCUGCACUGAGAUCGUGAGGAAGAAGAGAAGUGGCUGGAACGUGUGUGCGAGGCUCAUGGCGGCUAAUAAUAAGGUUUCAGACGAAGACAUGGCUACAAGCUUCAGUAGAAGAAAAGGCGUCCCCCAUAGAUCUCCUCUCUGUUAGAUAAUCCAUCAUCCAGAAACCUCCAAAGAAAAAAAAAAAAAAAAGAAGAAAAAGAACGAAAGAGAAAAGCCAGAAGAAAACCCUACUACUGCUACUACCUAUAAUUUUUUUUCCUUUUUUUUAACCCCUUCAAAAUUAUGAUAUUUUGACUGAAUUAUUCAAAGUUCUUUCUCUCUCUUCAAUGGUUCUCUCUCGAAAUUGAAGUUUUUGGGUUUAAUUAACUAAUCACUUGGUCGGGGGUUUUGUCUUAAAAGCUUCACGUGAUUCCCAAUUCCCAGUUAUGGUCUGUACAAUUUUCUAAUGCCCCUCUUCUUUUUUAUUUUUGUUUCUCUUUUUUUGGGGGAAAAAGUUAGUAAGACUGUACUAGACGAUGAUGAUCAUUAUUAUAAUAAAUUAAUAAUAGUUGUUAAUUAAA